UUUUUCCUUAUAACUAAUUUUUUAGGAGUUGGGAUAUUAUCAACCCCAUAUGCACUAGCAUCAGGAGGAUGGUUAAGCUUGAUUCUUCUUUUCGCCAUUGCCACUGCUGCAUUCUUCUCUGGCUUAUUAAUCCAAAGAUGCAUGGAUUCGAAUUCGAAUAUCCGAACUUAUCCCGACAUCGGCAAGCAUGCCUUCGGGAAGAAAGGAAAAUUGAUAGUCUCCAUUUUCAUGUACAUCGAGCUUUACUUAGUUGCUACAGGAUUCUUGAUUUUAGAAGGAGAUAAUCUUCAAAAGUUGUUCCCAAAUAUGGAAUUUGAAGUUGGUCAAGGACUAACAAUUGGUGGGAAACGAGGCUUUAUCAUACUAGUAAGCCUCAUAGUAUUGCCUACAGUUUGGUUAGAUAACUUGAGCCUUCUUUCAUAUGUGUCAGCCAGUGGGGUAUUAGCUUCUGGAAUCACACUUGGUUCCAUUAUAUGGACUGGUGCGUUUGAAGGGAUUGGGUUUCAACAAAAGGGAACAUUGGUCAAUUGGGAUGGAAUGUUGACUGCUAUCAGCUUAUAUGCUUUCUGCUAUUGUGCACAUCCAGUUUUCCCUACACUCUACACUUCUAUGAAGAAAAAACAUCAGUUCUCCAAUGUACUGGUUGUAUGCUUUAUCUUGUGUACCAUCACGUAUGCAUCAACGGCAAUCUUCGGGUACUUAAUGUUCGGUCCACAAAUUCAAUCACUGGUAACAUUGAGUCUUCCAGCAAGCAAGAUCAGUUCAAAAGUGGCCAUCUACACGACCCUGGUGAACCCCAUAACGAAAUACGCAUUGAUGGUUACUCCAAUCGUUAAUGCCAUUAAAACCCGGUUUCCAUGCUGUUACAACCCGGGAUUCCUCACCAUCUUCAUUGGCACCAACUUGUUGAUCAGCACCGUUUUCGUGGCACUGGCGAUUCCGUUCUUUGGUUCACUGAUGUCCCUGGUGGGAGCACUUUUAAGUAUCACUGCUUCUGUAAUACUUCCAUGCUUAUGCUACUUGAAGAUUUCAGGUAUUUAUCGAAGAUUCAAUGGCCAAUUGGUUGGUAUAUGCCUUAUAAUUAUAGUGGGUGUUUGUCUGGUUAUUUUUGGCACUUACGCAUCUGUUCUAGAUAUUAUAGGCAAUUUAUAAAUGUCAAUGACUUAAACCCGAAGUUUAGUUUGAUUAAUUUAUGCAUUUACUUCUAUGCAUUUGCAUUUAGAAGGUUUAAAUUUUAAAUAUUGACAUAUGCAACUCA